AUGCGAGACCAUAUCCGCGCAUUCCUUAUCUCGACAAUGACCUCCAUCACCUGCUUCCAAACGGUUGAUACAAUGCGCCAAAGCGAGGAUGAGCUGGUCAGGACAUUUGUGGAACACGUCCGGAUCGGCGAGUGUUCAGGAUACGGAUCUAUUCUUCGCGACAGACCCACCAAUACCAUCAGCCGUGCAGGGAUCAGAGAGGCAAGGAGAGAGGGAGACGUGAGGAAAUCGGGAAUUGAUAGGAGAGACGAUCGGGACAAGAGGAGGACGAGCUCGUACAACGCAGCAACCGAUGCAACCAUGUCCUCGUCCAGCCAACAGCACCACGAUGAUGACGAUGUCGAUCCGGAACAAAAAGCAGGGCAGGAGUCUACAAAUAAUGUACGAGGACAAUUAUGGGACGACGAAGAAAAUGCUCAGAGUUUUGUAACAAGGGAUGUGGAACUGUCGAUCCAUGUGUAUCAGCUUCAGAGGCAGGGCGCUGUCGAGGAGUACGGCGACUUUGGAUCGGGAGAUAUGGACGAACCGGUGAUGAUGGCGCAUCAUUGGACGUUGCCAUGUGAGGAGCUGGAAGGUGUCUGGGACAGCUUGGUCUUUGAGGAUCGGUUGGAGGUCAAAUUGCUGGAAUAUGUAUACACGACAAUCUUGUUCUCAGACAGGAACGUCAAUCCACAUCUUGUAUCAUGGAACAGUCGUGCUGCUUCACGGACCUCCUGGUACUGGAAAGACGUCUCUUUGUCGCGGAUUAGCCCAGACAUUGGGCAUUCGGCUAUCCCGGAGGGUGGAGCAUUAUUAACUGCAGGUGUCGCUCUUGGUGUAAACAGAUUCCACUUCACAAAGUUGCUGGAGAUCAACUGCCACAGUCUGUUUAGCAAGUGGUUCUCGGAGAGCGGAAAGCUGGUUCAUCGCAUGUUUGAUCAGAUCUGGAGGAUGGUCGACGACGACGAUACCUUUGUCUGUGUCCUCAUCGCUAUUGAUAUCGCCUUUAUUGACCGCGCGGACAUCAAGAUGUAUAUUGGACUCCCCCCAUCCAAGGCUAUUUACACUAUUCUGUGCUCUAGUCUCAAUGAGCUUGGACGAGCAGGGAUUAUCCACGCCAAGCACCCACUCCCGGAGCGUAAAGACAUCUGGAAUAUCAGCACAUACAACAAUCCAGAAAACGCCCAUCUCAUAUCGCAGGCGAUGGACUUGCAGCGGAUAUCAGAAUUAGCCCAAGGGAUGAGUGGCCGUGCCAUUCGCAAGUUGCCCUUCCUUGCCCAUGCCAAUCACCUGCAGGUGUCUGUUUCUACGAUGGAUGCGUUUCUGGCUGCCCUUUUUCUGACGGUCCAGGAUGAACAAGUCUGUAAUGCUCAGCUGAAAGAAGAACGAUCAUGA